AUUAUCUCUAACGGAUGAGGAUAAAUCCUAGUAUCGUAUACCCUUUUACAUCAACUAGCGCAUGUCUUUACAACUCUCUUGAGGUCAUCAAACCGUUCUUCGGAUAAAUUUCCAACUUUCACACCUAUAAAUACUUACCCACCAUUGGGACCCCUCUUCAAACAACCCAAACACAGUCUGUUCGAAAUUCAAAUUCUCGAGAUUCAUAAGAUGGAGAAAGUGAAAGGUGAGGUUUUCUGGGUCAGAGGGAGGUGUAUCGGAAAAGGGUCUUUCGGAACAGUGAAUCUAGCCGUCGAUAAUUCAAACGGCGACGUUUUUGCCGUCAAGUCAGUUGAUCGGAGCUCGUGUUUGGCUUCUCAGCUUGAGUCACUGGAGAACGAAAUUCGAAUUCUCCGAUCACUUUCCUCACCUUACGUGGUGAAAUAUCUCGGCGACAGCGUCACGUGCGAGUCCCCCACGACGUCGUAUCGGAACUUGCACUUGGAGUUCUUGCCAAAUGGCACCGUCUCUGACGUGGCAAAACUCUUCGGUGCUGACGUGGACGAGAGAAUUGUAGCGAACUACACCUGGUGCGUUGUCUCGGCGCUGAGUUACGUUCACUCCAAGGGCAUAGUGCAUUGCGACGUCAAAGGCAAGAACGUAUUAGUGGGGCCCAGAAACGGUGCAGCCAAGCUCGCCGAUUUCGGUUCGGCGAUGGAGUUCCGGGAGGUCAAUUCCCCACGUGGCAGUCCGUUGUGGAUGGCGCCGGAGGUGAUUCGACAGGAGUACCAGGGGCCGGAGUCCGAUGUGUGGUCGUUGGGGUGCACGGUUAUCGAGAUGGUCACCGGCCGGCCGGCGUGGGAGGAUCACGGAGCCGACACGCUGUGUCGAAUCGGUUACUUGGACGAGUUACCUCAGUUUCCGACUCAGCUUUCAGAACUGGGACUAGACUUUCUUGACAAGUGCUUGAGAAGAGACCCGAAUCGAAGGUGGAGCUGUGAUCAGCUGCUACAGCAUCCGUUUAUAUCAAUGUGUUCCCCACCGUCCAGUAUGAUUACUUAUUCUUCUCCUCGUUGCGUGCUUGAUUGGUCCAGUUCAGAACCAAUGGAUGAAGAUGAAGAUGAAAUAUGUGAUGGUGUUGAUAAUUUGAACCAUAAAGCACGAGAGAGAAUUGGGAAAUUAGCGUCGAAGACAGGGGCAAAUUGGGAAUCAGAUGGAUGGACGGUGGUGAGAGGUGUGAUCAGUGAGAAAAAGAAAGUUUCAGAUGGGCGGUGUCGUGGGGACGAAGGGAAAGGGACAAGUUCGGCAUAUCUGGGGUUGAUUAGGAUGGAGGAGGAAAACUUUGGGGCGACUUUAGAAUAUUUGGAUUCCAUAGGGGUUGCUGCUGAAACUGCACUGAUAAUGGGUGGGAUUGGGGGGAAGCUUGUUCAAGCUGUCAGUGUGGUUCUUUAG